AUCAUUUUUAAUACCGGAAAUUCUGCUUUUUAAACCUUGAAACUACAGACGAAGGCUGAGAAUCGUAAAGGGGUCAUCAUUAACCACUAACAGCAAAGAUGGUUGUAGAUUCAGCUCAGGUAUUGAGCAGCUGCAGCCUCGAUCCUGACUUAGUUAACAGAGGAGUGAUGGAAAAAGACAAGGAGCAGCAGAGAUCCAGAUCUCCAUGGAUAUAUUGACCCAAGCUCAUGCAGUCUUGGCUUGCUGCUUUUCAGUAUUCAAGAAUCUGUACGGGGUACCAGAUAGUCACACAAGAUGAGCACAGAAAGUGGGGCGGAUCCACUGGGCGCACAGCCAGAUGCCAGCAAAGCCCAGCCAACUGUCACUGCCAAACAGCCCAGUACCAGCCUCAGUACAACGCCAGUCCCCACCUCAGCCAAGUACGCCACCGGUCCCGGUGACCUGCCCAGCGAGCUGAUGUGCCGUCCCCUGGGAUUGGUAGUCCUGACUGGCCUGAACACUACAUAUAAUGCAGUGCACCGGGCAAUCUGGGAUUCCUUUAGUGCCAACCGGAGGCCGGACAGGGUGCCUCUGUACUUCAAGGCGUGGCCAGCUGAUCACGAAUAUCCAAAAUGCAGAUCAAAGCAACGGACGUCCUAUGAGUGGUACAUUCCCAAGGGCAUCAUCAAAAGCAGUUGGAUGAAGAAGCAUCUCCAGGAAGUCCCCGCCUUGGUCGUCGUCUUCUUCGACUUGGACUGGGACGAAAACAUGUGGAAGGAGAGGCAGAUGGAAUGUGCCACAAGGGUUGAAGUUGUCAGGACCAGUCUUCAUGGCAGAGGUACCCGUGUUGCUGUUGUCCUCAUCCAGAAAAAUGCACCCUUGCCACCAGGGGAAGAUGUGAUAGCAGCUGAGCGAGCAGCAGCCCUGUGCGCAGCUUGUGAGCUCUCUGCAAAGUCCCUCUUUGUCCUGCCCUGUGUGGACCAUCUGCUGGGUUACACCAUCAGGCUGGAGAAUGCUUUCUACGAGCUGACCCAGGGGUACUACCACACUGAGGCCAGGCGGGUCAAAGCUCAUCGGGAGUUCCUCAAUAGAACCACUCAUCAGUUGCUGUUUGUGCGCCAUGCCUUCAAGUUUGCAUUCUUCAGUGAGCUUAAACAGGACACCCAUGGGGCGCUCAAACAGUACAAGGCUGCAUACACACACCUGACAGAGCUCAGAGCACAUGACACCAACAUGCUGGAGAUCAAGACUAUUGCCGGAUUCAUCAACUACAAGGUUUGCCGUCUGAGCUUCUUUCACAACACUCCUUUGGAUGCCAUCAGUCAGUUCCGCAAGCAUGUAGACCUGUUCAAGAACAAGAUAGGCUGCCAUGAGCUAGCCUUUGAGCACUCAGCCUGGAUGUCCAAACAAUUCAGCAUAUUUGGGGAGUUAUUUGAGGAGGCCAUCAAGUUGGGCUUGACGGCGAUCCAGACCCAACACCCCGGUUUCUACUACCAGCAGGCUGCCAACCAUGCCAUCGCCAGAAAGCAGCUCUGUCGAGGCCUCUGCCAUGCUGCCACAGCCAUGCCAGCUUCCAACCCUUUAGAGGAUGCAGACAGUCUAGAAUUUUUUGGUCAGCGUCCGUGGAGGCAGGGUCACCAGAGCAUUGACCCACCGGAUCCUCAGAUGGAGAGAGAAGGCAUUCUUGCCCUGCAGUAUCUGGAGUCACAGGUGGACCACUCGUGGAUUAUCAUACCAUUGUUGAGCAGUGCAGUUGCCCAGUUUAAGAAGUACAAGUCAGCACGGAUGAAGCGCUAUCUCAUGGUUCAAAUGGGGGAGGAGUACUACCAUGCCAAGGACUACAGCAAGGCGCUCACGCUACUUGGUCGCGUGACCUGGGACUACCGCCUAGAACGAUGGUGGCCACUGCUGACGUCCAUAUUGGGAACAUCACUGAGGUGUGCGUACUUGGUAGCUAGUAUAGAAGAGUAUGUCACCAUCUGCCUGGAGCUUCUUGGGAGAUAUUCCCAGAGUAGUCCAGAGGAGAGGACAAGGGUCCAGAUGAACCUGAUUCGAGUUCUUUCAAACAAUUCACCAGAGCCUGAGCCAGGCUGUGCACCAGAUGCCGUGGAGCAAGCACGCCACCUCUGGAAGACAAUGUGUAGUCCGCAGAGCACCCCCAAGGCAUUUCGAGUGGAGAUGCGUAAUCUGGUACCCUUCGUCGAAUGCAAGGCUCGUUUUACUAGCCCUCGUUUCGCUGCUGAUGAGCUGGUCAGCUUAGAAGUUUGUCUGAGGUCCUCUUGUCAGUUCCCCAUUCAGUUCUCCAAACUGGCCGUACAGUUGAGUAACCAGGCCUACAAUGCCCAGUGCAUCAUCACUGAUGGACGACCUCUGUCCUAUGUCGAGGGCGUGACCCCAACAGCUGAUUUGGAGUCCCAUGGCAACCUGUAUCUCAUGCCAGGCAAGGUCAAGCAACAUAAGUUCAAGUUUGCUGUCUUGCCUGAGGAUGUGGGUCGAAAACUGGAGAUUUCCUCCAUCUGCCUCUCCCUCGGUGAUGAGGCCAAUGCAAGAUGUGCUGUUCUCUACUGGCAGGGAGGUGGGGCUGAUGCAGCCUCACUCAUGAAUAUUCAUGAGGUGGUGACUUACACACGAGGUCCACCUAAGCCAGACCAGCUAGUGUGGGAGAGGAUUAACAUUGAGCAGACUACCAGUGUGCAUCCACGGCCUGCACGCGUUCACAUUGAGCUGGAUCAUCAGCCUCCCUGUCUUGUCAACGAGUACUACUGCAUGAAGGUGGCGAUAACCAACAACGAAGAAGAAGCCAUCACACAGCCUACAAUGUCCGUCGGAUUGCAAGAAGGACAGGAUGCAAGUUUGGAGAAGAGUACUGAAAUCAGCUUGGACCCAGACGCUUUCCUGAAGACGACUUGUCCUGGAAGGAUUAAGAACAUUGCGCUUGGGACCAUGAAGCAAUCCAAUAAGGUUGAGAAGACGGUAUACAUGCGCUGUACCCAGCUGGGCAGCCGUGUCAUCAGCGUGCGCGUUGUGUACAAUGUGGAGGUGAAGAUAGCCUCCAGCGACCGCCUGCAGCCAGUAUCCUGCACCUGCUACCAGGAGCAGUCUGUCUCCCUGCAGAGCAUCCUACCUUUUGAUGUCUCCAUUCAUCUCACCUCCCUUAAAUUCAAGCCUAUCGACUAUGUGAAUUCUGGGAGGUCUUUUCUGCUCAUGACAGACAUCAGGUGUACCUCCCCUUGGCCUGUUGCCAUUUCAAACUCCACCCUCAAAUUGAAGGAUGGAGUAAGGCCGACUGACUCUCUAGAAUCACAAAUCAGCAAUGUUGUACUGAAGAACGAGGAGCAUGCUAGCGAAUGUGUCUGUGUGCAAGCCCCAAGCCACCCUGAUAGCGGACUCAUUGCCUUGGGAAGCUGUGAGUUGGAAUGGAAAAGGGAUUCCAUCAAUGACAACCUCCCUCCGGUCAAGACGAUCCUGCCUCUUCCUGAGGUCAGCAUCCAGCCCCUGCCACUGUCCAUCGAGACAGAUAUACCAGCAUUUGGCGUGGUACGGUCACCACUGUUGGUCAAGUUCACCAUUUCCAAUCAGACGUCUGUCGUUCAGGCGAUUGAAGCCAGCGUGCAGGCUAGUGAAGCAUUCAUGUACUCCGGACACAAACUGGUGUUCUUCAGGAUCCUUCCUUCCUCCAGUCAGACGCUCUCCUACAACCUCUACCCACUGAUAGCCGGCUAUGUCCAGCUCCCCGAGCUCCAGUUAACUAUCCCACAAGCUCCUACCAUGACCAAGGACAUUGUAGCCACCAUGUUGCCAUCACACAUCUAUAUCAAGCCUCAAGGGAAAACCACAUGAGUCUGACCUGCAAGCUCAUACUUCUGUUUUCUACAUCCCUGAAACAACUGUGCAAUAUAAUUUGUAUAACUAACCAAGCACAAUAGUUACCGAAGCAUAUACUGAGUUUGGACUUUGAGUUGGAGCAGCAGUGUUGAGACACACAACCUUUCAUGGCAAGGCAAGCAGUAUCACAACAGAGGCCUUGCGUAGCCAUCUUGCAGGGCAGUUCUUUUGUUCUGCGAGGAAACCUCCUUUGUGUAUACACUGUGGAUCAAAAGCAUUGGCCGGCAAGAUGCCAGUCAUGCAAACCCUCUAUACUGUAUUUUGCCAAAAGGACUGAGGCUCCAGUCCGACUGGACUCUGUGCAUGAAUGAAAGGGGGGGGGCACUUGGUUAGUAAGCAUCAUCUCUUUUUGCCAACACAAUGGGUCUCGUGAGUAAGGUACAGAGUACCCAUGCGUAAUUUUUCAUACAAAAUGCACAAACCACGUCUUUGCAUUGGUACAACAACUCAACAGUCAUUCCAUCCCUAGUGUUGGCCCAAGACUUUCUGUUUGAUUAUAUUUGCCUCCUACACAUACAUGUACAUCCACCCUGUCGCAGUAAAAAAAAAAUGCUCGAUCAACGGAGGUCACAAUUUACCGGAUAAUGACCCCAUUCUGUAGUAACAAAUCUAUUUUUGGGAUGCAUUGUUUCCAGUGUAGUGUAAAACUGAACCCUUUUCUCAUUUUAUUAACAGUCAUAUAUACUCUCAUUUCCCUCGUUGUAACCAAUUGCCCAUUAAAAAUCAUCCCAGACACGGCAUGGCCACCUUCAACAAUUAACAUAAUUAUUGUAAUUUAACGUACAUGUUUUUGGAUUGCCUCUUCUACGAUUAAUGUUCGGCUGUACAUCCAUCAUAAUUGUACCUUCAUCAUCAUAAUGGGUCAUUAAGACAAAUACACUCUGAAACACUUCCUGUAAUGAUUUUGUGUACUGUUUUGCAAUUAUGGGUCUUAAAUCCUUAAACAGCUGUUGCAAUAGGGCUGCCAUACGACCUCCAAAACGGUGUCGAAAACGAAAUCCGCAAUCUGUUGCCGACAGAUAUUUUCUUCAAAAACCGACUCAAAAUUGUUACAACAAAGGUUCAUUAAUUGAUUUGCAACAGCCUGAAGUAUGAACAGGAUGUCAGCUAUGAAAAUGAAACUGUGGUCAGGUGCGCAGUGAAUGAACGGUGUGCGGGGCUGUAAUGUGUGAAAUUUGGCAGAACGGGAACAAUGUGUACAAUGGGAUGAUGGAUUCAUAAUCUGUUAAUAAGAUCUCCCUCCCAACAGCUGUGACGGAGCUUGAAUAGGAAGAAACCUCCUUUGGUCGUUGGAAUUUUCAGACAAAAACAGCUUACAUUGAUUCCAUAGCAAUCUGUUCCAGUCUUGCUUUAUAGGUGUUUAUGUUUUGUCAGAUCUGAUGAUUCAUUCUUACAUUUGAAACUGAACUUGUAUGUACUGUUAAUAAUCAGUUUAGGAACUACUGCCUGUAUUUUAUAAAAAUGCCAGGAUCAACAGUGAUCUUGUGUGGGAAGAGUAAUUAUAUGGGCAGGAUUUCACCAAAUUUUUAUUUGGGAGGAUUGGAUUGCAAGGAGGUGAACUGACUGGAUUUUGAUGAAAUGCAGAAGCAGAAAUGCUGAACUGAAAUGCAUUUCAAUUUUAUUGAUGAUAGAAUGUAUCCUUUUGAUGUGUACACACACAAACCUGCUUUCCCCUUUUCAUUAUAUUUGUUGUGUUGGAAAGCACUGCAUGUAGCUGGAACUUCUCGAUAAAAUUAAUUAAUUUUGUCUUACAUCUAACAAUCUUUAGACAUGUGGAAUUUUCCAGAGGUGAGAAAAAAGUAAUGUAACCAUUCAGAGAUAUUCUACUAGAAAUGCAUUUAACUCCUCUAACUCUGAACAUCUUACAUUAGAAAACUAAGAGACGUGUAGUUGUCACGUUCUGUUCCUCUGUAAGUCUAUGUAAUGAAAUUGUAGUAAUGUAUAUGUAAGUUCUGCAACCUGUAUGGCAUUCCUGAAACUGUGAUGUGCAUGUUGGAGUUACCAUACUGUAUGUACAGUACUUUUUUUUAAGACUUUGUGUUUAUCCAGCCCUAUGAUUCUUUUCUAGAGUGAUACCAUUACUCCUGCUUUUUUUUUCCAUCCCUGUAAUCCCUUUUUUAGCCCUCACAUCUCCACUCUUCAACUUUGACUACUGUUUCCUUUGAUCUUUGCCUUCUCUGGUCUCCCCAGUAUUUAUCCCUUUCGUUUUGUCCCCCUUGCCUCCAUUCCUUGUUCCCACACCCAUGUUCCAUGUACAUGUGCUGUUCAUCCUUUUGCCUUUCCCUCCUUCCCUCUCUAUUGCCCCCGCCCCCCUCUGUUCAUGCAUUUCCCACUCUUCUUCAGCCCCGUACUGGUGUUUAAGACUUUUCUAAGUUUAGGAUGUGUUUUAAUUUUUGUAAUGAUUAUGGUUAUUUGUACAAUUUAUUUGCAAAUUAUUUCAUUCAGAGAUUUUAUCUAUUUCUCAUGGAUGCCUGUAACUUAGUGGCGGGUAACCGUUGUUGGUCAUCAGAAAUAAAUCAAAUCAAAUUAAUUUAAAGUUAGUGGAUAAAUGCACUGGUGUAAAGUGUGAUCCGAAAGACUUGUACACUUUCUGUAACUACAUGUAUUAGUUCUUAAUAGCAAAAUAAACAGCUAGUAGUGAAAUAUAA